UCCCCGCCUUCGCCAUCGCCCGCCCGAAGGGGCUCGCUGCGUGCUCGCUCCGCUCGUCGCUCCGUCGCGUCGCACGGCCGGCCGGAACGACGGGGGAGAUGGGGCGUCACCAGCGCUCGCGCUCCGCGUCGCUGAGCUCCUCGGCGACGCGGUCGUCGGACGUCACCGAGCUCGACUUCGCCGCGGCGGACCUCGGCUGCCCCUUCGGCCGCGUCGACGCGCUCGGCCCCGUCGAGCUCCGCGAGACGGCGUACGAGAUCUUCUUCAUGUCCUGCCGCUCGUCGUCCGGCGGGAGCGGGAGCGGGAGCGGCGGCGCGCGUGGCGGGGCGGCGGAGGGGGAGGUGUCGUCGCCGGUGGCCGCGGCGAGGGCCGGCGCGGCGGCGGCUGCGGCUGCUUCCAUGGGUGGCAGCCGCGUCAAGAAGGCGCUCGGGCUCAGGGCGAGGCGGCUGUCGUCGUCGGCGCAGCCGAUGAUGGUGCGCACGCUGAGCCAGACGUCGGGGCCGGCGUCCCCCGGCCGCGGCCGGCGGGCGAUGACCUCGGCGGAGAUCAUGCGGCAGCAGAUGCGGGUCACCGAGCAGAGCGACGCGCGGCUCCGCCGGACACUCAUGCGCGCCGUCGUCGGCCAGGUCGGGAGGAAACCCGACACGAUCGUCCUCCCACUGGAGCUCCUCCGGCAGCUGAAGCCGGCGGAGUUCGCCGACGGUGAGGAGUACCACCAGUGGCAGUUCCGGCAGAUCAAGCUCCUCGAGGCCGGCCUCAUUCUCCACCCAUCCCUCCCACUCGACCGCCUCAACUCCGCCGUGCUCCGCUUCCGCGAGGUCAUGCGCGCCACCGAGAUCCGCGCCAUCGACACGGCCAAGAACUCCGACGCCAUGCGCACCCUCACCAACGCCGUCCACGCCCUCGCCUGGCGCUCCGGCGUUGGCAGCGGCGGCGGCGACGCCUGCCACUGGGCCGACGGCUACCCUCUCAACGUGCUCCUAUAUGUCUCCCUCCUCCAGACCGUCUUCGACCAGCGCGAGUGCACCGUCGUGCUCGACGAGGUCGACGAGCUCCUCGAGCUCAUCAAGAAGACGUGGCCGACGCUCGGGAUUACCAAGCCGGUGCACAACGUGUGCUUCGCCUGGGCCUUCUUCCAGCAGUACGUAGUCACCGGUCAGGUCGAGCCGGACCUCGCCGCCGCCGCCCUGGCAGUGCUCGCCGACGUGGCCGCCGAUACCAAGCAGCAGGGGAGCCGCGACGCGGUGUACAGCAAGGUGCUCCUCAGCGUGCUCGGCGCCAUGCAGGAGUGGUCCGAGAAGCGGCUGCUGGACUACCACGACAGCUACGAGAAGGGCAUCGGCGGCGCCCCCACCGAGGGCAUGGAGAUCCUGCUGUCGUUGGCACUCUCCGCCGGCAAGAUCGCCGCCGACCGGGAUGCCGCCUGCGCCGCCAACUUCGCCGGUGACCGCGUCGACUACUACAUCAGGUGUUCGAUGAAGAACGCCUUCGCCAAAAUACUCGAGAGUGGUAUGGGCGACGGCAACGGCGACGGCGACGGCGUGGUCUUCGACCGCGACGACGAGCCGGGCGUGGUGCUGACGCAGCUGGCGAGGGACACGGAGCAGCUGGCCAUGGUCGAGCGGCGGAGCUUCAGCCCGGUGAUGAGGCGGUGGCACCCGGCGCCGGUGGCGGUCGCGGCGGUCGCCCUGCACGGCUGCUUCGGCGUCGUGCUGAGGCAGUACCUCGGCAAGGUCACCAUCCUCACGGAGGAGCUCGUCCGCGUGCUCCAGGCGGCGAGCAGGAUGGAGAAGGCCCUGGCGCAGAUGACGGCGGAGGACGCCGCGGACUGCGCCGACGACCGGGCCAAGGCCGUCGUCGGAGACAUGGAGCCCUACGAGGUGGAGUCCGUCGUGAUGGGCUUGCUCAAGGUGUGGAUGGACGACAAGCUCAAGAUCGCCAUGGACUGCCUUACCAGGGCCAAAGAAACCGAAAGCUGGAUACCCAAGUCCAAGGAAGAACCUUUCGCCGGAUCGGCGAUCGAGCUGAUGAGGCUGGCUAAGUAUACCGUCGACGAGUUCUCCGAGAUCCCAGCGAGCGCGAAAGACGAGGUGGUGCAAGACCUCGUCGACGGCCUCGAGGCGAUCUUCAACGAAUACAUCUCCUUCGUCGCCUCGUGCGGGUCGAAGCACAGCUACGUUCCGCCGCUGCCACCAUUGACGAGGUGCAACCAGGACUCAGGCUUCUUCAAGCUGUGGAGGAAGGCGGUGAUGCCGUCGUGCCAGGCGCCGGAGGGCGGCGUGCACGGCGGCGCCGUCGGCGGCGGCGGCGGGUCGCACCACGUCCCGGGGCCGUCGAUCAGCCGCGGCACGCAGCGCCUGUACGUGCGGCUCAACACGCUGGAGUACGUCGUGACGCACCUCCACGCCGUCGACAAGUCGCUGAACGCGGCGUCCCACCGCCUCGAGGGCGCGCGUGGCGCGGCGCAGUCGGCGGUCGCCCACGUCGCGGAGGUGGCGGCGUUCCGGCUCGUCUUCCUCGACUCGCGCCACUCCUUCUACCACGGCCUUUACCUGCGCGGCGUCGCCGACACGCGGAUCCGGACGGCGCUGCGGGCGCUGAAGCAGAACCUGACGUUCCUGGUGUCCGUGCUCGCCGACCGGGCGCAGCCGGUGGCGGUGCGGGAGGUGAUGAAGGCGUCGUUCGAGGCGUUCCUGAUGGUGCUCCUCGCCGGCGGCGGCGACCGGAGCUUCACGAGGGCGGACCACGCCAUGGUGGAGGAGGACUUCCGGAGCCUGAGGCGCGCGUUCUGCACGUGCGGCGAGGGGCUCGUUCCGCAGGAGGUGGUGGCGCGGGAGGCCGAGACGGCGGAGCGCGUCGUGGAGCUCAUGGCGCGGCCGACGGAGCACCUCAUCGACGAGUUCGGCCACGCCACGUGCGAGUCCAUCUCCGGGGAGCGCGACGACGACGGCAGCAGCGGCGGCGGCGGCUCCGGCGGCGCGACGCCGGUGCCGCCGACGCCGAGGCAGUGGGACCCCGCCGACCCGAACACCAUCCUCCGCGUGCUGUGCCACCGCGACGACGAGGUCGCCAGCCAGUUCCUCAAGCGCACGUUCCAGCUCGCCAAGCGACGGUGAUGAAGGCGUCGUCUCAAGCUCAUCAGCAAUGGCGCCUGCCCACCGGAGCUGAGCAAGACGGUAGCUACACCUCUAGAUUUCGCGAUUUUGCAGUUUGGAAGAAUUAACACCUCAUCGUCUCCAUGAAAUUAACGAACUGUAAUGUGUAAUCCCCACACAAGUAUGAAUAUCUAAAAUUUUCUGGCACGGAUUUGAAAGUUUCAAUCUUGUGCCAUUUUCACUUCCAUCACAACGAAUCAACCUGCAAUUCGCAAACGACAAGCCAAUAUGGCGCGACCGCUCGUCGUCUUGUCCUGUAUUCAAAUUUAAACAUACAUUUAAAUUUUCUGCAAUUUUUUAUGAGGGUUUUCUUGGCUUUACUGUGGUUAUAAGUGAGGAU